AUGAGUGCAUUCCUCUUCCAAUGCCUGCCCGUGUUCGUCUCGAUUACUUGGGUGGUGUUGGGCGGAUCGUUGUGUGCGAAGAAAGGUAUCCCAAAGAGUGCCCGCUCUUCAUCAUCAUCCAAAAAGACCGCAUCCUCGCAGUCGAUCAAGACGCCGGGGAGUACGAGCGGUCGUCAAGCCGUUCCACGGGCUGUCAGCCCGGAUCGGCGCCUAGUCCAGCAGAACAAGAACGAUGAGAAACACGCGACGAGGGGAUCUCGCGAAUUGGCGCCGGCGAAGAAGAAGACAUCCGUCAUCGAGAAGGCACCCGAAGUGGUCGUGAUCCCGAAAAAGGGGCCGAAAAAGCAGGACUCGAUCAAGGAAAAGACGGCCCCGCCUCCGAAGUCGAUCAUCGAGGCGAGGACGGCCAAGCCGAUCGAGAUACAAAAGCAGGAGAAGCCUCAGCCAAAGCCGCAGCCAAAACAACCAGCCAAGCAACAACCACCAGACGUCAAGAAUCUGAACUUGCCGAGGAACAAGAUGCAAGCGAUCAUCGACGGAAUGAAGCACGAUGAAGAGGCCUAUCCGACAAUGUCUGAUGUGAUGAGUGAUUGGCAGGAGAAGGAAGGGAAGCCGGGUGAUAAGCAGCCGGCGAAGCGGCCCGAACCAGCCGUCGACAAGGUUGUCAAGAAUACGGAGAAGGAGAAAGAAAUCCAAGCCGGCACCCGUCACGACCAGGCCGCCUACCCGACGAUGGAUGAUGUGAGAUCGGAUUGGAAUGAAGCCCCCGCUGCCGAUACCUCGACGGCCCCGCCACCCAACAACGGCGAGAAGAACAAAGAUGAAAGCGCUAGCACCAAACACGACCCGGAUACGGUGAAGGAUUCGUUGUGCCUGAAUCGUGAAGACGUCCUCAAGCAGGUUCUCAAGGAAAAGGAGGAGGCCGGGCUGAACGAACAUCCCAGUGGGAUCAGCAAUCUCGACAUGUCGGCCGUC